AGCCUCGGGUGGCCGAAUUUUUGUCGCACGUGAUAAUAGUCGGGGGAGACAGGUUUCCUAUAGCCAGUUGAUCCCCUUGUCAAAAAUUGUAGGUUUUUCAUAUAUUUUUGUUCUCGUCGUGAACACGCUUCAAUAAAAGUACUUGUAUGCCUCAUUACGCUGCAGCUAAACUUAUAGUUUAACAUGAUUAAAUUAUUUUCGUUGAAACAAGCGAAAAAAGAUGGCGAAUCUCCGAAAGCUGGAACCCAGAAGAAGGCCUCUGCAGCGCAGCUGAGGAUUACGAAAGACAUAAAUGAGCUCAACCUACCGAAAACAUGCGGCACAGAAUUUCCAGACCCUGAUGACCUGCUGAGUUUUAAGUUAAUUAUCUGUCCUGACGAAGGUUUUUAUAGAGGUGGACGAUUCGUAUUUAGUUUUAAGGUUGGACCCAACUAUCCACACGAACCACCAAAAGUCAAAUGUGAGACACAAGUUUAUCAUCCAAAUAUUGACUUAGAGGGUAAUGUUUGUUUAAAUAUUCUGAGAGAAGAUUGGAAACCUGUUCUCACCAUUAACUCCAUCGUUUAUGGACUACAAUAUCUCUUCUUAGAACCCAAUCCGGAAGAUCCAUUAAAUAAAGAUGCAGCAGAGGUUUUACAGAAUAAUCGGAGAGUAUUUGAGCAAAAUGUAUCGAAAGCAAUGCGAGGUGGAUACGUAGGCUCAUUUUUCUUUGAACGAUGUCUCAAGUGAUACAUUGCCUCUUGGAUCACACUGUACACACUCCUGCAGAGACUCACAAUCGAGGGAGAAAUCCUGAAAGACUGGACGAGUACAGAGCGGCACAGCGCGUUCAUCACAACUUGUGUCUCCGCUUUAUACAUAAUUACGUUCUUCACGUCUUGCCAGGCCUUCAAACAUUUAAUCCAUCAAGUAUUUUAUGCUUUUGGCUAAUAAAUUACUAAAACGUUCGAAAACGCAGAGUUUACUAAUCACGGAAAGACCAUGAGACAAAAAGACACGGGAGACAGUUAUGUCUGUAUAGCCAUACUGUAUUUACGAUCAGUGUGUCAAGCUAAGUUGCGACGAGUAAAAUUAAAUUCUAGAAACAUACAAAAAUGCGACGUACACUUUUAUUUGCUGGUUAACAAUAACGAAGCCUAACGUAUCGUCCUUCAAAAUGCUUCGAUCUUAUCCUUCAUUUGUCUCUUUUUGAUCUUAUUAAAGUGUAUCUCGCAUGGCGCAAGAGUCGUCGGUACUUUGACUCGCUAGACGUACGGAUAGUAAUUUCACUUUAAAACCCUGUUUACCAAUGAAAGUGAUAUAGAUUCUUGUACUAGCUGUCAAUCUUAACUUUGUAAUCAAGACUACAUUUAUUUGCAGACAUAGUUGUAAAGUCAAAAAGUCAUGAAGAUUUUCUUGGCUUGGCGAAAGCGGCGUACACAUCCCGAUUUUUUAUGAUUAAAUACGGUCAAUGAGGGGUUCACAUAGUGAUCUUGGCACGAAUUUAUCAGUUCGGCUUUAUCGGUGCACUUAUAUCGAUUUUUAAAAAUUGUUCUCUGUUCUUGUACGCACCAUCGUAAAAGGAAGGACACUAUGGAUACUUAAUAAUCCGCAUUAGAGAGUUACAUGUUUACUGGGGAAGAGCACGAACCAUUGUAAUAACAUGACAAAUUGAAUUAGGUGAAUUUUUUUUUUUUUUUAUUAGAACGAUAAGAAUUUUGGCAAACAGUUCAACGAUGGACGCCAAUUGUGCAGAUAUUAGGAGAUAAAUGUGAAUGAUAAUGAAGAAUCGUGGACGUUGUAUUAUCUCGCAUCGCGGAUAGACGAAUGAAUUAUUGUAUAAGCCUUCGAAAAUCACAAGCGCUAUAAAACUAGCAGAUGACAAUUGUUAAAUUAGGAGAAAUAGCACAAGGAAACGGCACGCCACAGCUGUCCUCAAUUCUCUGAAUCCUUUGCCACCAUCUAAGCUAUGCAAAUCUUUGCUGAGGAAGUACAAACUAUUAAAAACAAUAGUAUAUCUUAACGAGAUAUGAUUACUCAGCCUCUGCAACUAUUUCCGAAUUCACAAACGGUUAGUGAUACAUUGAUGAUCUCUCGAAUCAAGGCAGACAGUGAUCCGUAUAUUUAUAGAUUUAAAUUUCAUCUUCGGCAGCGGAUACUAAUCCCAAGGAAUAUCUUGAGCAAGGCGUGACGUUAUUAAUAGUGCGCAUUCAUUUUUCGUUCGUUCCGCCUUGGUACGAAAGACAGGUAACAACAGAAUAUUCGUGAAUGUUGAUAAUGUAAUUAUGUAAUAAGAAAAAUAAUAAAAAUAUCGAUUCGAAACUUUCAAAGCAACAGCA